AAUUCGAUUCGUAUCUUUUGCUGGGAAAGACAAAAGUAAAGCAACGGUAAUGGAGGAGAAAUUAAAGUAUCUGACUCUCAUCGGAGCCGGAGCUCUUAUCGGAUCCGUCUCCACCGUCGCUCUCCUUAAACUCCUCUCCAGGAGCUCAGUGAAGCAAAACCCAGAAACUAACUUCUUAGGGAAUGGUACUGAGUCUGAAACGAGGCCAGUUACUUCAGCAAUUGGUCAGGAUCUUUUGGAAGAUGAGAUUGUUUCUGAACAUUUAACCAGGAAUAUCCAGUUUUUCGAUCUUGAAUCUCAGCGUAAAGUCACUGGAUCAUAUGUGGUGGUUAUUGGACUUGGGGGUGUAGGGAGUCAUGCUGCAUCUAUGCUCUUGAGGUCAGGUGUUGGGAAGCUCCUCCUCGUUGACUUUGACCAGGUGGCACUUUCAUCAUUAAAUCGACAUGCUGUUGCAACACGAGCAGAUGUUGGUAUUCCGAAAGCUAUAUGUCUCAAGAAGCAUUUCUCUUCAAUCUUUCCUGAGUGCCAUAUAGAAGCCAAAGUGAUGCUGUAUGACUCAUCUUCUGAAGAAGAAAUUCUUUCAGGCAACCCAGAUUUUGUUUUGGACUGCAUUGACAACAUAGAUACCAAGGUGGGACUUCUGGCUGCAUGUGUUAAGAGGGGUUUGAAAGUUCUAUGUGCAACUGGUGCCGGUGCUAGAGCUGACCCAACAAGAAUCAGAGUGGCCGAUAUAAGAGAGUCAACGAUUGACCCAUUAUCUCGAUCUGUAAGACACAGAUUGAGGAGAGAACAUGGCAUUGAAGGAGGCAUUCCUGUCGUGUUUUCCCUGGAAAAACCAAAAGCGAAGUUGCUUCCCUUUAAAGGGCCAAAUGGGGAAGACGAGAAUCCCUCAGAUUAUCAAGUAGUUCCUGGCUUUCGUGUUCGGAUAAUUCCUGUACUUGGAACCAUCCCAGCUAUUUUUGGACAAAUUAUGGCCUCCUACGUUAUUACACAACUUGCAGGUGUAAAAGUUCAGAUGGAGCCUAUCGUAAAUCUAGAUUUGGAUCAUUAUCGAUUGCUGCAUAACCGCCUUAUUGAGCAUGAAGAGACUAUUUAUGGCACAUCUGCAGAAGUAGAGGUGGAUGUUGAGGAAGUGAUGUACAUAGUGAAAGAGUUGUGGCACGGACGAAGUGCUAGAGAUGAGACUGCAAAAGAUGUUGGGAGAGGAAUGUGGCGAGCCAUGAAUGAGUUGAUGCUCGUAAGAUGGGAUGCAAAGAAGCCAGCAACAGUCUCGAACUUGAUUCUUUUAAAGUUUAAAGAGGCGGAUGAACAUGAGGCUAAGACUCUCGAGGAAGUGAAGGAAAGUGAAACAGAGUUCUUUGAAAGAGUUUCAUGUGUACUGAAGAAAGCAGAGCUUGAUUUCUACGGCUAGAAGAAGAGAGACAAAAGAACACAUCAUCAAUCACAUAGGCUUGAAGAAGCUUUUUGCUUAGUAUUAGUAUUAAUAGCUUCUUACAAAAUUACUCACCUUAAUGUAUUAUUUUCUCAAAUGAUUAGCAAAGUACUGUUUUUCAAUGUGUAACAACAAUAUGUCUAAAUGCUAUUAUUGGUUUCUAUGAAA